CCUACCCAAUUCGAGAUGCGCCAAAAGAAUGCCCAGUUCGCCAAUGCGGCACGGGCAGGAAAGAAACCUACCAAGCCGUCACGGCAAGAACAGCUCUCGAAAAGGAGCCCUGUUGGUCUUGCAGCUCUUGGAGUGAUAUUAUUCGUCGUCGUGGGAGGAGUGGUGUUCGAGCUCAUUCGAUUGAUGUUCCUGUGA